AUGAUUGCAUUCGUGGGCGACUCUUUGAACGACAAUCUAGUGGCCUCCUUUCGCUGCACCCUCGCUGCUGUCACGCCCUUCCAGGUGCGCCCUGCCCUUCCAGGUGCGCCCUGCCCUUCCAGGUGCGCCCUGCCCUUCCAGGUGCGCCCUGCCCUUCCAGGUGCGCCCUGCCCUUCCAGGUGCGCCCUGCCCUUCCAGGUGCGCCCUGCCCUUCCAGGUGCCGCUGCACAGGUGACGCACCUGUCUGCUGGUUGCUCCACCAUCCCAUUUCCUGCCCACUCCGCACCGUCCCACCCCUCACUCCCCCCUCUCCUCUUCCCUCUCCUCCCCUUCCCCCCUCUUCUAUCCCCCUCAUCUCCCGUCCCCGGUCCCGUGCGCUGGCAGCAAGUGCGGGUGAGGGUGGGGGGGAGGCGGUACCGCAACGCAGUGGAGCUGCCGGCAUACAACCUCACCCUCCUCACCAUCGCCAGUGGCAAGCUCACCCGCCUCGUCAACUCGAGUUCAGCGAGGGUGAGGGUGGACGGGCAGUGGGCGGCCGUACUGCCGCUCACAGCAGCCAUCGUAUUCACGGCUGGCCACCGCUUCUUCCACCAGAACUACAUGUCGCCGGUACUGAAGCUGCGCAAGUCCCUCAAGGCAGUGCGUGACUAUAUCGAGCGCACCAACUACCCUGGCGUCCCCCUCUUUGUCUCCUACUCUCCGGCACACGACCGCACCCAGUGCAAAACGGCAGGCACCCCUCUCAACAACAUCACCGCCGCAGUCCAAGGGGGUGAUAUGCGUGCCAUGGCGGUUCUAAAGGAGCAGCGGAAGCUGCUUGCAAGGUCUCGGAUGCGGCUGGUGGAGAUAACUUACAUGAGCAUGCUGCGACCAGAUGCGCAUUUAAAUAGAGGGGCGAGUGGCAGGAGAAAGGACUGCAGCCAUUGGUGCCUGCCUGGUGUCCCUGAUGCCUGGUCUGAUGCCAUCUACUCCAUGCUUGUAUCUUAA